AUGGAUAAUCCUGUAUUCAAUUUGGUGGAUGCAAUAACUGAUCUGGCGGAAGUUCUUGCCGAAUCGCCCGUUGGACGAGAAGCUCAGGAACUUCUGCCUAUAGUCCAGCCUCACAUAGCCAAAAUAGUGCCGUUAUGGCAGAAUGCUUUGGGUAUUUCGAAAAACCCUAACUUGAGAAAUUAUAAAAACAGAGUCUUGAUGAUAUCCUCGAAACAUGAAGCGACUCCCUUCUCAAUUGACUGUCUUUGUCAAUCGGGCUUGGGAUCAAAAGAUGUUGAAUCGAUCAUACGCGAAGAAGUGACGAAUACACUGAGUGACCACACCCUUUCACUUGGACAGACCUUUGAUGAUGAUAUCCAGAGUCUUGCUGGUGUGUCUUCUAUUGCCAUCAGAAAUGUUGACAGUGUGGCCGAAGACCAGACCACCAACACUCUCAGGGCCAACUCGAAUGCUGCAGUCCUGAUGAAAGUGAGACAAACGGUCUACAAAUGCUAUUACGAGACUUCUGCAGUGGAAGAACAGCUCAUACGCACUAUAAUAAGAUUUUUUGAAAGCGAUCUGAAUGCUGGAGCUCUAACGGUUGGUCUAACCGAUGGUAGCUCACAAGUCUCUUCGAAUGAUGCCAUCUUCAUUCGUUGUUACCGUUCUUUUUUGGACUGUGCCUCAAAAUAUGAAUUGAGCUCAGAUCUCAAAACCACCUUACAGAUUCUUUCAAGCAAAAAAUUCAAAUUGCGGACGCUGGCGAUCGCACUGAUUAGGGCCUAUAAGCGUUGCAUUUCCGCUACCUUUCUUUGGAAAUAUGGGGAUGUGAAAAUUAUAAGCGAAAGGAUCAAUGGUACAGUAAUUGAGUGUUUAUCAGGAAGCCAGGGUGUUGAACAAGUUUUAAGAGCGGAAUUGGAGAAGUGCAAGGUAUUUCACAUCCUCGAUCUUCAUAGACAGAGAGAUGUUGAAUUGAAUUCCAGGUACGUCUCUUCUGGAAUAGAGAAAGACGAACUGGACAAGGUUGAUUCACCUCUGCAACCAGUCACAAUCCCGUCCUCUAAUGACGAAACAGUUGAUGUUAUUUCCUUACUUUCGAGAAUUGUCACCAAGUAUUGCUCUGCUGACUCCAAUCCUAAAGUGGAAAGAUGGUUUCCAAUGAUCCUCAGGACAUAUAUCAAUGUUCUGAAAGAGACUAUUUCUGAUGGUUAUACUUCUGAUGAAUAUUAUACUAGGGUGAAGUCAGCGACCUUGAAAUGGAAAAAUCGUGAAAUUUCUUCGGACUCGUUUCUGGUUGAUUUGAAUGGCCUUUUUCAUGUGUUAAUGGGAGACUCGACGAUAAGCAAGAACGGAUUGCGGCCCACUUUACUGAUGCGACUUGCACUGGCAAGGUUCAAAAAGGAAAUGAAAUUGAAAGGAAAGUUAUUAGAUGGUUGGUACAAGGCUGCCAAAUCUUCUGCUGUGACCAGGGAACACUUGCAGGUCUGGGGCCGUUUCUAUAAGAGGCUGUACAUGUACAAAUGGAUCAACCAGUACAAUACUGUCCUCGAGAAUGAGGAGAAAGCAGAGUCGAUUUCCAAUGCUUAUCUGAGAAUGCUCGUGGUUACCAAGUGGAAAUCUGCCUAUUUGAACGCUGAGUCUUGGACCAAAACCGCUGAUAAUUUCGUCUCAAGCAAGUACUUAACGAAAUGGGCAGAUAAGCAAGCAUUGAUUCACAAUUCUCUCCAAGAGCGCCUUGCAGAGUAUGAAUCCACAAUUGUGAUGAAGCGUCGUUUUGACGUAUGGAAGAUCAGCCUACCAUCUCGGACUAGAAGCAUGGCAGCCAUAGCCGAUAGGAUCUCGAUGAAGAUAGCAAUGAACCAACUCAAGAAGAAAAUGGACACAGUCAAGCAAGUUCGAGUAUUUUGUGAUAAUGUUCAUGAUGAAAUGUGCACCAGAAGGGUGUUUCGGGUUUGGCUUCACAACUCGUCUUUCAAGGUGGAUGAGAUUGACCACUUACUAGUGAGAGAAAGGAACUUUGUUCUGGCUCGAGCUCUUUAUCAAUGGAAAUCUGCAUUAUCUUUGAAGCUCGCUGAGAGAGAACUUAUCUCAAUCAACAAGUCGACUUUGAGCCUAUACGUUUUGGCAAAGUGGAGAAAGAAUCUUGGGUUGCAGCUCUUGGGUGAUCAAUUUGUCGAAGCUAGAUCGCAGAAGUUGCUCAGUGCAUACUUUCAGACAUAUUUGCGUGUGUACAGGAUGACCACUAUGGCUCGCGAGUUGAGAGAAAAGCAGUUGCUAGAACAUUUUUUCAACAGGUGGAAAAUGUCCCUGAACAUCUUGAAGCUACAAGCCCAUAAAGAAGUCAACACAUUGGGAUCCUCUUUAAAACAGUGGAAGCUGAAAACAAUUCUGGGUCCUGUUAUCAGAAGCGAAUCUCAAGAGCUUAAAGAAGGAUUCUUCAAACGCUGGUAUUCGCGAUCGAAUGAUAUGCAAGGGCAUAUGCACGAUGCCAGAGAUUAUGCCGCUAUCCUGCAGCUCAGGCGUUAUUUCCAGCAUUUUCAGCAUGUGAAAUUGGAACGCGAAGAGAGCUUCAGGCGUGCAUGCGAGUAUCACGAUAAGUCAUCUCAUUGGAAAAAUGAGCAAUUGUUAUAUGAUGUUCUCUCGUCCUGGAGAGAGUUAACAUUUGACUCCUAUAGCAGGCGCCAAAUACUAGAGGGACAGUAUGCCGAGUUCUGUAAAUCUCACCAGGCAAAGACCAAAUCAAUUUUUGCAAGAUGGAGAUCCCGGACAGCAGAAGUUUUAGAGGACAUCGAGCGUGCUGAGCAAUUCAAGGCCAUUGUUCUACUCAACAAGACCUUCAACAGACUUCUACUCAAGUGGGAUCACUUCCAGGAGCUGAACUUUGAGGCUCUGCGCAAAGUGGAGGAGAAAGAUGCGAAAGUGAUGAUUAGCAUUGUGAGGGAUUGGAACUUAAAGAUCCUGAAACUCAAAAGGAGCGAAGAAACGGCUAAGGAGUUCAAAAGGAGGUGGAGACGUAACAAUCUGAAGCGUCAUUUUGACAUAUGGGCAAGCAGCAAGAAUGAAAAUCCACCUGAAGACACCUCUUUUGAGAAUGACUCGGAAGUGAACCCAUUCACCGUGGAGACCAAUACAUCCCCACUACAUCGUUUCAUUCAGCCUCGUCUGUCGCCAGUGAGGCCUACCAUUCAGGUAAGAGAUCUUCGGAGAUCACCCGAUCACGAGUCUGCCCUAUAUACCCCGUCCAGAUCAAGGUUUCAGGUCUCUGUUCCGGCCUCAGAGAGAAUAAGGAGGAUGAAAAUUCAAGAGACCAAGAUGCACUACCAAAAGGCAAAGAAAGACUCCCCAGAGAAACCUCCAGCUUUUGUCCGGCCGUCUGGAAGUACCGUUUUAAAACCAGAUCCGGUGUUUGCCCAAGCUGUGGAAUCCCCUUCACCAGAUAUGCGCACGAUAUCGGUGCUCAACAGCGAGCUCUUGAUAGCCAGUCCGAAGGUGUCACCAUUGGCCGUACUGAAGAAAAGGUCAGAAGUCUCCAGGAGCAUGUCUUCGAGCUCAACUCUGGUGCUGAGCUCAGGACAGACAGCCGAGAGCGAGCCUGAGAAUGACGACUUCUUGGGAAGUUUGGAGCAAUGGGAAGAAGAUUCCGAGCCAGGUGAUGAUUUUCCUCCUCCGACUACACCAUAUCAGUCCCCUCGGAAGAACCGCAGGGAACCAGGCACAAUGACCGAUCUCGUGAGUAGAGUGCGCACUCUUAGGUUUUCAAAGGAGAACUGA